UGGACACAGUCGUACAGCCCGUGUCCGAUUUCACGUUAAAAACUUUACGUACGAACGUUUAUUUAUUUAAUUUUGUGUUAUAUUUUAGUCUAGUUUUUGUUUGAAUUUUAUUUUUAAGAGUGUCGUCUUUGGACCAUCGGCUUCUAGUGAAUGAGAAGAAGUUCCCGUUGCACCUUUUCUGGUAAACAACGAUGGCAUUUGGCUUCUUGAAGAACAUAAUGUGGCCUAAAAUAAUAUUAUUGACCUAAUGAUGCCAAAAGAAAUACUGGAAUAAAAAUUUGGGCGUUAUAGACAAUACAAUUAAAGAGAAAGAUGAAUUUCAAAAUAAUAUCGUUACUGCUGACAUGGAACUUCAUCUUGAUAACGGCCAGAAGAGAACUAGAAAGCGAGGAGUCAGCCAGAGCAAGAGAACUGAGAAACAAAGAGAACAACAGAAACAGAACUACUUUUAAUGGCACUCUUACCGACCUGGCGGAAAGGCGAUACCUGAGGCACAGAAACAGCUCCAGAUUUCGAGGGGACCGGCGCAGAGCGUGGGACAGGGAGCACGAAGUCAGAAGGGACAGGCGAAGAGGUGAAUCACAUUCAGAGGAAUACGUCUCCAACCGAACUGAUCCCCAUAGGAACGACAAACGCAAGCCCGAUAAACACAAUAAAAGUAGCGCCGACAAAGUUAGCGACAGAAAGAAAGUGAACCCGAAGGUCCCAGACCGCACGUUUCCAGCGAAAGAAAAUUCCACGCGUACCAAAGCGAAGGCCACAAAAUGGCAGUCCGGUGGCUACAUCCCGUACCCUCAGCCCAGGGAGAAGAAGCCGAAUAUAAUUCUUAUAUUAACGGACGAUCAGGACGUGGAGCUAGGUAGUUUGAACUUUAUGCCGCGAACCAUGAAAGCCAUUAGAAGUGCCGGAGCGGAGUUUCGUCACGCCUACACGACGACACCUAUGUGCUGCCCGUCCAGGAGCUCCCUCCUGACCGGCACGUACGUCCACAACCACAACGUUUACACCAACAACGACAACUGCUCGUCGCCGAUGUGGCAGGCGACGCACGAGACCAACACCUUCGCUACAUACCUCUCCAACGCGGGGUACAGGACCGGGUAUUUCGGCAAGUAUCUGAACAAGUACAACGGGUCGUACAUCCCCCCCGGGUGGCGGGAGUGGGGCGGCCUCAUCAUGAACUCCAAGUACUACAACUACAGCAUCAACAUGAACGGCAAGAAGAUCAAACACGGUGACGACUAUCACAAAGACUACUACCCAGAUCUAAUAGCGAACGAUUCCAUCGCGUUCCUGCGCGCGAGCAAGCAGCGCUUCUCGCGGAAGCCGGUGCUGUUGGUGAUGUCGUUCCCCGCGCCGCACGGCCCGGAGGACUCCGCGCCGCAGUAUAGCCAUCUCUUCUUCAACGUUACCACACACCACACGCCCACUUACGAUUUGGCGCCAAACCCAGACAAGCAAUGGAUUCUGCGAGUGACGGACAAGAUGAAACCCAUCCACAGACAGUUUACAGAUCUUUUGAUGACCAAACGGUUGCAGACAUUGCAGAGUGUGGAUAUGGCUGUGGAGCGAGUGUACCAGGAGCUGAAAGCGUUAGGCGAGCUGGACAACACGUACCUCGUGUACACGUCCGACCACGGCUACCACCUCGGCCAGUUCGGCCUCGUCAAGGGCAAGAGCUUCCCCUUCGAGUUCGACAUACGAGUGCCCUUCCUGGUCCGCGGCCCGGGAGUCGAACCUGGGACUGUGGUGGACGAUAUCAUACUCAACAUCGACCUGGCGCCCACAUUCCUGGACAUGGGUGGUGUGGAGCCACCAGCUCAUAUGGAUGGGCGGUCGUUGCUGCCGCUGUUACAGCCACGCCGACGACGAUUGGCGGCCGCGCACUGGCCAGAUACAUUCCUUGUCGAGAGUUCAGGUCGUAGAGAAACGCAGGCUCACUUGAAGUACAGCAGGGAAAUGAACGAGAGGAUCACCACCUCAUCACCACACGAGUCGUCCUCUGAAAGUGGCGACUUCGAUGAUGAUUCAGAAGAUGACUUCCUGGAGCUGGACGAUGAUGACGACGAUGAUGUAGAGGACGACGAUACAAGCACCGAUACGACAGUGACAAACAAGUCAUCGGAACCUCUUAUCACAAACGAAAGCCACAAUCCUAUCCUCGAAGCGACGCUGGAAAGAGUUCUGGAUGAAGACAUCAAUCCCAGUAGUCAACUUAGCUACCUUAACACUUCAGAUGCUGUAGCAAGUAUCAUAAGCAGCAAAGCGGCCCGCUUGGCAGCUGAAUGUUCCAAAGUGGAACUGCGGGCGCCAUGCUCCACGGGAAGAAAAUGGAAGUGCUUGCUUGUCAAUGGUCGCUGGCGAAAACACAAGUGCAAGUUCGAGCCGGAAGUAAAACCAGUGCAGUCAAAGAUGAGCACGAAGAAGUGUGCCUGUUUCACACCGAGCGGUCUCGUCUACACGAGGUUGGAAACAGAUGGAAAUAUAGCACGACGACCGGGAGACUCACAAAGAGAUAACUCAACUCGAAACAAAAGAGAAAUUGACAACGAUGUGUUCGAACCCAACACAGUAGACAGUAUUCUGGAGGAAAACCCCAGCAUCGGACAUUUGGGCUUCAAAAAUGAGCAGGUCAGCGAAAGAGAUAAGAAGAAUGUGGAAGAAAAAAUCGAUAGACUGAUUAAAGAAACGGAAGCUUUUCUAGAAGCUUAUGAACGAACCAAAGAAAACAUAGAGCUUAAAAAAAGAAUAAAACGAAGAGCUCAACAUUGGUCCCAUACGAAUCGUAAACCAAAAAAAUCUGAUGCUAUGAUAAACAACAAUGACUCUUCAUUAGAAUGUAAGAUAGAAAAAGACGGAACUGUUAAUUGUUCGUCUGUUAUUUAUAGCGAUUUAAAAGCGUGGCAAACUAAUAGGUUAAGUUUAGAAGAUCAAAUACGACAAUUAAGAACGAAGCUAGAGGAUUUAAAGGAAAUAAAAAGGCAUUUAAAGAAUAGUAAACCAAUAGUCGAAGUACAAACAAUGAGUCCAACUUACUCUUACAAUCAUUUUCACAACAAGUCUAAUCAUAAUACCACGAAAGAUAGCAAACAAAGACUACACAGAAUGAAAACAAAGCAUAGAAAUGGUACGACAUUCGAUAAGAAAUUCAGACAGUCGAAUGAGUAUAUUUUACCUACAUCAAAUACCAAUACCAGAAAUGAUGUAUUCGAUAGACAGGUAAAUAAUGAAACAUCAACAGAAACCGUCAUUGUUGCGGCAUCAAACAGUGAUAAAGUCGUAACACAAACGCUAGGUGAACUACCAAAGCCUGUAGUAACAACGCAUAUCACAGAAGCCUCAACCGAAGAAAGUAAAGAAAAUAUAACGCAAAGUACAACUCAAAGUGAACCGGUACAAACCACCACAGAAACAAAUAUCUUCAGCUUGUACAAAGUAAACCGAUCUACUCUAGAGAACGAAGUCAUAACACCCCAAGAAUACAGAACAACGCCCAAAGACUUGAUAUCUACUCUCCAUUAUUAUAAUUCAGCUGUAGAUAAAAUCCUAUCAAUGCAUAAAACAAGCACUCCUCCAACAUUUUCAAAAGUCAAACAUGAAAAUAUAACAGACGCACCAACUUCUACUCUGUCUUCAAGUCUAGGACCAACUAGAUUUGAUGCAUCAGAGUACGAAGAGAAGAACCCUAUUAGAGGAAGUUUGCAAAAUGGCGAUGUUUUUGGAAAGCCAGUCGACGUUUUCCAAAGAAGAUUGCAUCCAUUGUUUAUAGAAAAUGAGGACAAACACGUGUGCUACUGUGAAGAAAAUAGGAAAACAAAAUCACCAACAAACAACUUCUUGGAAGCAGCUCAAAAAGCUAGAGAAGAAAGACGUAAGUUGAAGGAACAAAGAUUACGAAAGAAGCUGAGGAAAGCAAAGAAAAAGGCGGAGUUAGAGAAGUUAUGCGAGUCGGAGCGCAUGAACUGUUUCCGGCACGACAACGACCACUGGCGGACGGCGCCGCUGUGGACGGCCGGCCCGUUCUGUUUCUGCAUGAGCGCUUCCAACAACACAUACAACUGCGUGAGGACCAUCAACGCGACGCAUAACCUGCUGUACUGCGAGUUCGUCACGGGAUUGGUCACUUACUACAACUUGAGGAUAGAUCCAUUCGAAACUCAGAACCGCGUGAAAUAUCUGACGGCGGCGGAGAGGGAAUACUUCCACAACCAGCUACAGCAGCUGCUGAGCUGCCGCGGCCCGUCUUGCAGACGGUUCUCACAUUCCAAUGCUUACGGUAGCAGCGAAGAGUUGCACAGACGUUAUGAGGAUGAUCAUCUGAUGUACAGAGGAGACCCAAUAUCGUAUAGACAAAGGGCUUGGAGGAUGGGCAGCUACGGUCGUCGGUACGCGCGGACGAGGGACAUUCAUCGCCGGCGACACACGAUGGCGUUCUAGUCGAUUAAUUUAUUUUCCGGAGAGACACCGACUUCAUAAUAUACAGACACCUGUAACCAGUAGGCCUACUACGAAACUGUUUUGAGACUCAAACAAUUGGACGAGA